AUGAUUACGUCCGAGUCAGUAACCCGGGCGUGUGUUAUUGAUGGGAGGGCGAGGGUGCGGGCGGGGGAAGACGCGGAAAGUGGGUCAGAGGGGCGCGCAGUCGCGGCACUGCGCCCUCGCUCUCCAGCCAUGGCGGACGCCCCGCCCGAGGUCCUGGAGCUGAACGUAGGCGGCGUGCACUAUGCAACCACGCGGGACACGCUGUUGCGCGAGCCCGACUCGCUGCCGGCCACGGCUUUACACGAUCUCGACCACCCCCGCGACGCUCGCGGACGCAUCUUUUUCGACCGCGACGGCGUUCUCUUUAGAUACGUCCUGGAUUAUCUCCGGGACGGCGGUCUCGUCUUACCAGAGUGUUUCCGCGAGCACAAACGCUUAGCGCGGGAAGCUAGGCAUUACAGACUGCUUGGAUUAGAAAGCGCGGUCCGAGACGCUGACCCGAGGCCGCCGAACCGCGAGAAGGGUUGUAUCACCGUGGGAUACCGAGGGAGUUUUGCUUUCGGGCGCGACGGCCUCGCUGAUGUGAAAUUCCGCAAGUUGUCCCGGAUUCUGGUGUGUGGGAAAGUGACGCUGUGUCGCGACGUGUUUGGAGAGACGCUGAACGAGUCUCGCGACCCUGACCACGGGCUGGCGGACAGGUACACUUCGCGGUUCUUCCUUAAGCAUUCGUUCAUUGAGCAGGCGUUUGAUAUGUUACAAGAGCAAGGAUUCAAGCUGACGGCCAGCUGUGGGAGCGGAACCGCCGGCGGGGCCGCUGAGCUCAAACCUGGAGUCGACUCCGAGGAAAAUCGCUGGAACCACUACAACGAAUUUGUGUUUGUACGCGAAUAACAAAUCCCUGCCGAUUGUGAUACUACAUCUGCUUGUAAAAAUUUGGGGGUGCGAGACCAGUGGCGAUCAAUGGCUGAACCACUUAUGAUAUGCCCUUAUUGAUAUCAAAUCAACUAUGAGGUAAAUAGCAGACCUUGUACCGAAAUUUAUUAUUUUUCUUUAUAACUGUAUGUUUAACUUAAGAUAAUCUUGCGAGAACUUUUGUCUUCUUAUAUUUUACUCGACAACAAA